AUGAGGAGCGAAUCAACGUAUGCACUCUCUUUUCUUGUCCUCUUACUAACAUCCAUAUUCAUUUUCAAUUUCGUGUACCCUUUUGAUCGACAGUUCCUUUCUCGCUUUGCUUUCUUAUCAUCAUCAUAUUUCACUCCCAACAAAUCGCCACUCAUCGAAGCCUGCGAUUAUUCCAGAGGCCGCUGGGUGUGGGAUGAAAUCUACUCACAUCUAUUGUACGACGAAAACUGUCCAUUUCUUGAUCCCGGAUUCCGGUGCCGCCAAAACGGGCGCAAAAAUGAAAGUUUUCGUAAAUGGCGAUGGCAACCUGAUGACUGUGAUAUUCCCCGAUUCAAUGCCAGUUACCUGCUAGAGAGGAAUCGCAAUGGAAGAAUUGUGUUUGCGGGUGAUUCUGUGGGAAGAAACCAGUGGGAGUCUUUCCUAUGCAUGUUGACACAAGGGGUUUCUAACGUGUCCAAAAUACAUGAAGUGAAUGGAAAUCCAAUAAGCAAACACAAGGGCUAUCUGGCCAUGAGGUUUCAGGAAUACAACAUGACAGUGGAAUACUACAGGACGCCCUUCUUGUGUGUUAUAGGUCGUCCACCACCCAACUCAUCCAAACGUGUAAGAAGAACUAUCAGGCUUGACGAAUUGCACUGGUACUCCAAAAAAUGGGCACGAGCAGAUAUUCUUAUUUUCAAUUCUGGGCAUUGGUGGAACCCAGACAAAACUAUCAAGUCACGCAGGUACUUCCAGGAAGGAGGGAGGGUAAACAUGACGAUGAACGUGGAAGAAGCAUUUAGGAGAUCCUUACAGACGUGGAAAUCAUGGGCAUUGCACAAUCUAAAUCCUGCGAGUUUCGUCUUCUUUCGUAGCUUUUCCCCCGUCCACUUCAGGAAUGGCACAUGGAAUGAUGGAGGAUGGUGUGACAAACAAACAGAGCCAGAUAAUGACCCUACAGAAUUUGAAACUGAACCAUAUUAUAACAUAUUUAUAUCUGGUGUCGUCAAACAGAUGCAAUAUGAGAGCCGGAAAGCCCAUUUUUUGAACAUCACAUAUCUUUCAGAGUUGAGGAUAGAUGGUCACCCUUCCAAGUUUCGAGAACCAGGCACUCCACCUGGUGCCCCACAGGAUUGUAGCCACUGGUGCUUACCAGGAGUGCCAGACACGUGGAAUGAACUUCUCUAUGCUCAACUCCUAUCUGAGAAAUUUGGCAUCAAGAAAAUUUUACCAGAAAGGGGAUAA